GGGAGCUGCGCCGGGCUGGGCUGUGCGCGCUGCGCAAGGGACUCGCCUGGGCGGAGCGGGCGCGCGCUUGGCUCCGGGGCAGCCGCUCGCUCGCUAUGAAUGCGGCCCGGGCUCUGCUCUCCGCCGUGUUCCUCGCCUGCUUCUUCUGGGGGGAUCUGCCCGGUUGCCAGCAGGCCACCAUCCCCGCCGACGACGCGCCCAGCGAGCCUCUCCGGGAGUCCGAGCAGGGCAUGCGGAGCCCACAGGACGGCCGAGCGCCCCGAGACGCCGCCGCCGCCGCCGCCCGGAAGGGACCCUCCGCCUGGGCCCCGCCGCCGCCGCCGCGAGUGGAGCCCCACGAGUACAUGCUCUCCCUCUACCGGACCUACUCCAUCGCCGAGAAGCUGGGCAUCAACGCCACCUUCUUCCAGUCCUCCAAAGCCGCCAACACCAUCACCAGCUUCGUGGACAGGGGGCGAGACGAUCUUUCGCCCAGCGCUUUAAGGAGACAGAAGUAUUUGUUUGAUGUAUCGACUCUCUCCGACAAAGAGGAGCUGGUGGGAGCGGAGCUGCGGCUCUUUCGCAAAGCCCCUGGCGAUCAUUCCUCCAAGGCGCAGACAGGCCUGGCCCAUGUGCAGGUCUCGCCCUGCCUGUCGGGCCGCCUCCUGGACUCCAGGACUUGGGGCCUGCACGAGGCGGCGUCGUCCCAGGCCGGGGGCGGCUGGGUGGUGUUUGAUGUGUGGCAGGCGCUGCAGCCUCACCAGCCCUGGAAAAAGCAGCCGCAGCAGCAGCCGCAGCAACUGUGCCUUGAGGUGCGCGCCGUCACGGGGACUCGAACUCACGCCCAGCAGCCCCUGCUGGACCUGCGCGAUCUGGGUCUGGGGCGAGGCGCUCGGGCGCAGCAGGAGAAGGCACUGCUGGUGAUUUUCACCAAGUCCCGUCGGAAGAACCUCUUCUCCGAGCUGCGCCACGAAAGGGGAGCCCAGCAGCAGAGCGCGCACGCGCCUCCCCAGGAAUCGACGGCUGCCGCGCAGUUGCGCUUGCAGAGCCGUCGGAUGAGGCGCACGGCUUUCCACAACCGCCACGGCAAGCGGCACGGCAAGAAAGCGCGGCUGCGGUGCAGCAAAAAGGCCCUGCACGUGAACUUCAAGGAGCUGGGCUGGGACGACUGGAUUAUCGCCCCUCUGGAGUACGAGGCGUACCACUGCGAGGGCGUGUGCGACUUCCCGCUGCGCUCGCACCUGGAGCCCACGAACCACGCCAUCAUCCAGACCCUCAUGAACUCCAUGGACCCGGGCUCGACGCCGCCCAGCUGCUGCGUGCCCACCAAACUGACGCCCAUCAGCAUCCUGUACACGGACGCGGGCAACAACGUCGUCUACAAGCAGUACGAGGAUAUGGUCGUCGAGUCCUGCGGCUGCAGGUAGCGCCGCGCCUCUCUGUCUCCCCCUGGAGGGAAGAAAAAGAAGCACCAGGGAACUUGGGGAGAGAGAGGGAGAGAGAGCGCGAGCGCGCCCACGAGGGACUCGCUAGGGGUAGCCCUGCGCAGGGAGGAGAAAGCAAAAGAGGCGCUCGACGGGGCAGCCGCUGCUGCAGUUGCCGCCGCCGCGCGCGCCUGGGAAGCCCUCUGGAGUGGGAUUGAGGAGCGCGCCUGCGCCCUGCUAAGCCCUUCCCCCCAAGCGCUCCGUGCACUUGUCAAGGGGUAGCCACGUCGGGGUGGAGAGGCGAAGAGGCCUGCUAGAAAUUGUGCCCGCGCCCACCCCUCCCUGCUGCCCAUCAGCUUUCCAAGUUCAGGAUUCCCUUUUGGUGGACGGAGCAGACGGCAGUUUAAGGAGCAAGGAAAGCCAGGCGCAAGAACAGCUCUCCUCUGGUUCGGAAAACACGGGGCAAAGGCUAGGAGGAGAGUGGGCGUCUUCCUGAUGCUCUGUGGCUAGGAGUAGCUGGCCCCAGUCUGCUCCCAUGUAUUUGAUAUUAGGAGGGGUAUUGGUCAGGCAGAGUUUUUCCAGAGAUGGGGGUCACUUUAGUUUGAUCUCCUCUUACCUACAAAUCAGAGAUGCUCAGAGUAGGGGGUGCAGGGAAGCAGAGGGGGCGGGAAAGGAAAUCCAGAUCCGCAGUGCCUUGGAGAUCAGUAUUGUGAGAAAUGGUGAUAGCCGCUUUCAUGAGCGAUGCUCACGGUGGCUGAUAUCUCCCCCAUCCCAGGAUACCCAAGUCCCCCUUCCACUUUCCAUCCUCCACAAGUAACUUAGCACAUGCUUACAAAUUGCCUGGAUGGUUUUGUUUUCCAGAUGGUAGUUUUACCCAGGAGGGCAGAUAGGAAAGCACCUGUCUCAGAGACACUUCCUGUUGGGAGAUCAGCAGACAAUAAAUCAUUACAGGGGGUUGGACUAGAUGAUCCACUGGGUCCCUUCCAGCUCUACAGUUCUAUGAAAGCAGGAGGCUGAGGCCUAGGGGGUCGCCGUGGGGAAAGGGGCCGUGGGAACAGAAAAUGCCAAAUACUUCCUGUUAAGUGUCAGAUUGUAUUCUUAGCGUUGUCUGAAGAUAUAGGCUUUCUUUUAAGAGGAGAAAUGGGGAAGAGCCAGUGCAGAACAGAGCUGGCUUGAUGUUCCUCCAGAAACAUCAGGAAGUAUUCUCCUUUCUGUUGCUUUGCAAGAUUAGCAGGCUGAAACAGCCUUCGACACCCCUCCCCCCCCCCACAAAGUGCAAUGCCAAACUGUAAUUACCAGUGAGGCUGGGCUUUAGAUCCUAGUAAUGAAAAGCUGUGAAAGGAGUUUAAAGAAAGCACACACAAGAUGGGUCCCCCCCUUUU